AUGUCACCACAAACAAAGACUAAAGCAAGUGUUGGAUUCAAAGCUGGUGUUAAAGAUUAUAAAUUGACUUAUUAUACUCCAAAGUAUGAAACCAAGGAUACUGAUAUUUUGGUAGCAUUUCGAGUAACUCCUCAACCUGGAGUUCCGCCUGAAGAUGUAGGGGCCGCAGUAGCUACCGAAUCAUCAACUGGUAAUGUAUUUGGGUUCAAAUCCCUACGUGCUCUACGUAUGGAAGAUUUACGAAUCCCUAGUCUGUAUGUUAAAACUUUCCAAGGUGAAAUCAAAGGGCAUUACUUGAAUGCUACUGCGGGUACAUGCGAAGAAAUGAUGAAAAUGGCUAUAUUUUCUAGAGAAUUGGGAGUUCCUAUCAUAAUUCAUGACUACCUAAUAGGGGAGUUCAGUGCAAAUACUAGCUUGCCUCAUUAUUGCCGAAAUAAUGGUCUACAUCUUCACAUCCACCGCGCAACGCAUGCAGUUAUUGAUAGACAAAAGAAUCAUGGUAUACACUUCCGUGUAGUAGCUAAAGUGUUACGUAUGUCUGGUGGAGAUCAUAUUCAUUACGGUACCAUAGUAGGUAAAGUUGAAAGGGAAAGAGAAAUCACUUUGGGCUUUGUUGAUUUACUACGUGAUGAUUUUAUUGAAAAAGAUAGAAUUCGAGUUCGGUGGGGAAACUUUAGGGCACCCUUGGGAAAUGCACCUGGUGCCGUAGCUAAUCGAGUAGCUCUAGAAGCAUGUGUACAAGCUCGUAAUAAGGGACACGAUAUUACUACUAAGGGUAAUGAGAUUAUCCGUGAGGCUACCGAAUGGAGUCCUGAACUAGCUGUUGCUUGUGAAGUAUGGUAG